AUCGGGCGAAAUCGAGAGCGAGAUACAGCGAUUUUUGACAGCGCGAAUGACAGCCGUGUAGCAGGUUAGAACUGUCAUCACGAUGGAUCUAUCCAAAAUAUCGAACGAGAAAAAAUUAUAUCUUUGCAAGUGGUAUUUCCGUGCUGGCUUUGCACUACUGCCAUUCCUAUGGGCUGUGAAUGCAAUUUGGUUCUUGAAAGAAGCCUUUGUCGUGCCACCUUACGAGGAACAAAAACAGAUUAAGAGAUAUGUAAUAUUUUCCGCUAUAGGAGCAAUCGCUUGGACAGCUGCCUUAAUAACUUGGAUAAUUAUCUUUCAAACGUACAGAGCUGCAUGGGGUGAAUUUGCUGAUGCUAUUAGCUACAUCAUUCCCACUGGUAUUCCAUGAUAAUUUUAAUAUUAAGCCUUUAUAUUUAUGUAUAAUUAAUAAUUUGUUAUAAAAGAAUCAUGAAUUAUGUAACUUGUAAUAUAAUAGCAGCUUACAUUUUCUAUUUAAUGUGUGGUCAACAAAACCGUUAUGUACACGUAAUACACGUAUAAAGAUGUAAAUAGGUAUACAUAAAUAAUAUUACAAAAUGAUCUCAAAAAGUAUUCAAAC